UUUCAGCCGACUGUCAACAGGAUUUUGCUAAAGGAUUUCUGGACGUCGCAAAAUCUUCUAGCAUCUGCAGCUGAAGCAAUUUCGACGUUUUUGUGAAUAAAUCAACCCGAAAAUGCUGACCAACCAGAUCCUGUCCGCUGCCCGGGUUAUGGGACUGCAGACUCGCCGUAAUUAUGGCGCAUCUGCUGUACUGCUGGCGAAAGCAAGCGAUCCAAUUCAGCAGCUCUUCGUAACCAAGCUUCGUGAAUACGCACAGAAGAGCCAGAGCGCCGGUGGCAAGCUUGUUGAUGCUACGCCGGCAAUCGAGCGUGAAUUGAAACAGGAGAUGGAGAAGCUGGCCAAGCAGUACGGUGGUGCGCAAGGCGAAGAUAUGACUGCCUUCCCUACGUUCAAGUUCGAGGAACCUAAGAUCGAUCCAAUUAACGCUAGUGCUUAAAUUACGCCGGGUCAUCUAAGAGUAUAGGAACUAAAACUACUGCUGAAACAGAUGUUGUAAAAAGUAUUGAAAUUGUGUAGCUGUUUAUUUGGCUAAGAAAAGAAACGUUAUUGAAACUAGUAUCUAACACCAAAAGCAACUGAUCUAUCGCAAUACGAAGAACUUUGUGAGUAAUUCUCAAUACGGCAACGGCUUACGUUUGUAGUAUGUGCUGAACGGUUUCCUCAAGUAUACGCAUGCGAUAAUCCUUGGCAAGCAUGUGGAACGUCUGCAGCAAGCGUCUUAUCUCUGUCGUAGAAAUUAGGUUUUCGAAGUUUCCAGUACAGGUACAAUACUGCGAAAGGUUUUCGCGCUUGAUUUGCUUGCACUUGAUGCACCGUAGAUCCUGCAACGUGUAGGACAUAAGCUUCCGUUGAACAACGUCGAGGAGACGCAUUUCAAUUUCAACAUUAUCGUAAUCAACGUUACACUGUGCACACAGCCACACUGGUAAGUCGCCAUCCUUCAAUGCUCGAUGAGUAUCUUUGCAGAGAUCCAAGUCCCGGCAAUGAUUGCAUGCUUGGCAGAUAACCUCGGUGAGAACGAAUGAUUUUAUCGAAUCCUUCCAAGACGCCUUAUCACUAAAGUCACCCACUCCGACAAGCAGUAACAUAUUCCGGCGCAUGGUUGUCAGCUGCUCCCCAGCAUCCUUGCAGGCAGAUAAUGCUUUAGUGACAGCCUUGAUAAAUUCCAAUGCCGGACCGUUCGCACCACGUGCAUAUCCGUCGUGCAUUUUCUGCACCAUCCCGUAAGCAAUGCAGGCUAACUUUUUUAA